AUUCCUCGCAAGUCGCAACCCACGAUGCGGUGAUAAUCGGAGCGUCCACCGAACUGAUCAAGCUGCUGCUCUACAUGGUCCAGCCAUGCCUUCUGGUAAUCCACAGAACCUGAAAAUGCUAAAACUGGCUCCCCCACACAAGCGUUGCUUCUACACGGUCUUCUCACCGUCGUCCUCCAUAAAACUCGAGAUACCGCCGGCUUUCAAUAGGCACCUCGCCGGAGAGAGUUGGAUAGACGAGGCAAGACUGAAUAGUUGCAAGGGUUCAUGGGAUGUGAAGGUCAGAGGGAGUGGGAGAAGCAGCGAAGACAUGUAUUUUGAGAAGGGUUGGGAGGAUUUUGUGAAGGAACACAAACUUCACGUCGGAGAUCUUCUGGUUUUUCAGCAUCACGGUCGCCUAGUUUUCGAUGUCAUGAUAUUUGAUCCAAGCGCAUGUCAAAAGGAAUAUCAUCCUGCUUUUAUUGGAGAAGAGCGCAAGCAGGAAGAAACAAUGAAACGACAAGAAGAAAUCAUUCACCCUAAUCACUCAAAUUCUAAUGGUACAAGCUUAUGA